CUAAUUAUUGGUACUCACUCUCUUUCCCCAAGUCAGACAUGUUUGCCAUUUUUUUUGAUUCCUUCCUCCCUUGUCAUUUCCUCCACUUGCACUUUUUUAAACUUUUCUCAACCAUAACUCUUCUUACUCAUCUUCCCUUUAUCACGAGCUCUCCCUGAACCAACAACAAUGGCGGAAAAAGGAAAUCUCAUAAAUCUAAAGCUUGUCUUUGAUGCUUCUUCUUUAAGAAUCAAUUAAAACCAUUUUCUUUCCACUCUAUCUCUUUCUCUCUCCUCUUGUCGGUGAUUGCAGUUGCUUUUUUGGAUCUUCUCUCACAUUAUGGAUCAAAGAUAUUCAAUGGCGUCACGUAAAUGUGAUAAUCCUUUAUUCGAUUAUAUUCGGUUGCGGUUUCCGUAAAUCAUUUUGGAUUUUCAUGGACGAAACUUAACUUUGCUCAGAAUUUUGAAUUUAGGGUUAGAGAUGGAGGAUAUUGGGUUGGUUCAGCAAGGUUGGAAAUGGGUGCAGUCUCAGAAAUAUGGGUGUUCGUUUGCUCGAACAACGGCUUGUUGCUUCAAAGAUAGGGUUUGGGUUGCUAUUGAUCGGCAUUGGCCAAUGGUUUGUAAUGGGUGCAAGAAUUUGUGGAGAUUUGUGGUUUUAGUGUUGAUUUAUUGGAAAGAUAGCUUUUUUCGGGGUUUUCGAUCGUUAAUUGGCUUGCAAUCGGCGGCGUUGCUGGUUAUUAUGUGGAGUUGUUUUUUGAGCUUGACAUCGAUUUCAUGUUUAGUUUACGUCUUGAUUAGCAUGGCAGCUGCUGGAGUUGCUGUUCAAUACUUGGGCUACACUCCUGGACUUUUUAUUGUAGGGCUGUUUGCCAUUUUGAUUUUAUGGAUGUAUGCUAACUUCUGGAUCACGGGAAUAUUGUUCGUAGUAGGAGGUUACCUGUUUUCCCUAAAUCAUGCACGGUUGGUGGUCUUGAUGGCAUUGGGUUAUUCUGUAUACUGUGUGAAUGUACGACUAGGGUUGGUAGGCCCUUUCCUUUCAGUUAACCUUGCCUUCCUAUCAAAUGAUGCAUUCAAUUUUUUGUUGCAAUGGUGUGACACUCUAAAUGAGAGUACACACUGUGAGGAGCACAAAUCAUCGGAAGCAUUUACAGAGGAUAACUUUUCUGGAGAAUGUGAAUAUCCUAUUCCCUCUGAUGAAUCUGAAGAGCAGUCCUCAUCGACUUCAACUGGAAAACCAGCCAAUAAAACGACUAGUAGAACAACUUCUAGUACUACAAGUGUGCUGAAAAAUCUGAAAGAAGCUUCUCCUAGUCAAGUUAUCAAAGAAGACAUAAGUUCAUUGACUGAAAUGACAAGAAUAUUAAGCUGUAUUGACCAUUAUGAAGCAUUGGGAUUUCCACGCCACAAGAAAAUUGAUGCUGCUGUACUGAAAAAGGAAUAUAGGAAAAAGGCCAUGCUUGUGCAUCCUGAUAAAAAUAUGGGAAGUCCACAAGCGAGUGAGUCGUUUAAGAAGCUUCAGUGUGCGUAUGAGGUACUUUCGGAUUCUACCAAGAGAAGAGAUUACGAUGAGCAAUUGAGGAAGGAGGAAUAUAAAAAUAUUUCCCAAAAGUCUCCCAGCACUUCAACUCAGGAAGCACGUGAGUUUUUCACUGAGGAGUCAAGGCGGAUACAAUGCACAAAAUGUGGCAAUUCACACAUAUGGAUUUGUACUAAUCGGACCAAGGCCAAGGCACGAUGGUGUCAGGAUUGCUGUCAGUAUCAUCAAGCUAAGGAUGGAGAUGGUUGGGUAGAAUACAAAGGGUCACUGGUCUUCAAUGUACCUCAAAAGAUGGAAAUUCCACGUGCCUUUGUGUGUGCUGAAAGUAAGAUAUUUGAUGUGUCAGAAUGGGCGAUCUGUCAGGGAAUGGCUUGUAGACCCAAUACACAUCGACCAAGUUUCCAUGUAAACAUGGUUGGUUUGGAGAAAACAACUCGCUCAAACUCGAGUAGAUUCCCGUGGGGUUUAGAUGCAGAAAUGAUGGAUGAUGAAGAAGAAGAAGAGUUUGAGCUGUGGCUUCAACAGGCUCUUGCAUCUGGGCUCUUUUGUGAGACUUCAAAACGGCGAAAGACUUGGAGUCCAUUCAAGUUAAACCAAAAAAAGAAGCAAUGGCGAAGAUCAUCUUCCGGGUUGACUUGAAUUGGAAUUUGGAAUUUGGAAUUUGGAAUUUGGAAUUUGGAAUUUGAUUAUGCAGCCUGAGAAUCGAAGAAAUGAUCGGUUAUCAAAUUUUGACUCACAAGGCUAGGCUAGGCUAGGCUAUGGCCAGUUCCUGGAUGGAUCUCAGCUAACGUAUGAUGCAAAGAAAAUGGCUUCAAUUGUUACCAAGAGAGUGCAAAUUGAGUUCCCACUUCCCAGUAUCUAUCAGUUUGACCUUCCCUAAUUGUAAAUAUGAAUGUAAUUCAAUUGCAGCUUUGCUAGCUUUUCUUAGCAAAUAUCAGUUUUGUUGCACUUCGGGGUGGUCCGCUGAUGAACUCCCGGCCAUGAGAGCAGUAUGUGGUUCGCAAAACGCUGCCUUUUGUGGCCAUUGUACAUUCUUCAAAUUGUAAGAGACGAUGUACUGGUUAGUUAAUAAAAAAAAAAAAAAAAAAAAAA